CUCGCCAUGCCAAAGCCAUCUAAAGCUGUAAAUCUGCAGAUUCCUUCUUUUCCGCCUUUGAUUGUUUCUUCCAGAUUUCGAUCCCAGUAGCUUGCAAUCUGUGAGCUUCUUCAUCUCUGCAGAUUUCUGAUUAUUUUGAGCUAAGUUCAGCUGGUACUUGGAAUAUGUUCUCUGAGGCGGUUCGGCAUUCUCUACUAGUAUUUCGUAUGAAAUUGGUUUUUUCUUCUGAAGAUUCGGUCUCCAUAGAAUCUUGAUCUGUAAUCUGAAAUGGGUCUGUAAUCCUUCUCGAGUUUAUUGGGUUCUGAGUAUGGAUCGGCUCGCAUUGUUCAGGUUUCGACUGAGUUGUUUAAUGUGAUGCUUAGGUUUUGUUGGAUUAAGAAGUCCAUGGCUUCUGGGGGAUUCUCAUCAGGAAUAAAAUUCGUAGAUAAUGAGGAUUGAUGUUGUUAUUAUUAUUUUUUUGGUAAGGAUGAUUGAGAUGGUGAAUAGCUUUAAUCGGAGUACCUCCGGUCAUUUCAGUCGGAGGAGCGUGAGCUUUGGCAGUCCAAGAUUCGUGAGUAGAAAGAGCUGGGCCUCGCCAUCAUUCCAUGUAUUCAUCUUGAUAAUCUUUUCGUUAUUCUUUAUAAUAGUAAUGGGCUGUGGGUAUCAUUACGUGUUUCCCAGUCUCAGGAAGGCCAUCCACGGGACUGGGCAUGGGGGUGUUGUUUCCAAUUCCAAAUCCACCGGUUCGACAGGUACCUGUGAUUAUUUCGAUGGCAGCUGGGAACAGGAUUACAGUUAUCCUCUGUACAAUAGCUCGGAAUGUCCUUUCGCAGAACGAGGAUUCAACUGUUUGGCUAAUGGGCGCAAAGAUAGAGAUUAUCUUAAAUGGAGGUGGAAGCCCAAGAAUUGCUUUAUCCCAAGGUUUGAUGUGCACAAAGUGUUAGAAAUGCUUCGUGGCAAACGUGUUGUCUUUGUUGGUGAUUCCAUGAGUAGAACGCAGUGGGAGUCUCUGAUAUGCUUGCUGAUGACUGGGGUAAAGGAUAAGAAGAGUGUUUAUGAAGUCAAUGGGAGCAAGAUCACCAAGCAGAUUAGGUUUCUGGGUGUACGUUUCGGUUCGUUCAACUUCACAAUCGAGUUCUUUCGCUCAGUUUUCCUGGUUCAACGAGGCUGGGUACCCAGAAAUGGGCCAAAGAGGGUUAGGUCGACACUCAAGCUGGACAAGUUGGAUGAUAUUAAUCAGGAUUGGAUUAAUUCAGAUGUUCUUAUUUUCAAUACAGGGCAAUGGUGGAAUCAUGGAAAGCUUUUCGACACGGGCUGCUAUUUCCAGGUUGGUGGAUCACUGAAGCUCGGAAUGCCAAUUACUACUGCUUUCAGAAUUGCAUUACAAACUUGGGCAUCAUGGGUUGAGACCAGAAUCAACACAAAUAGAACACGCGUUUUCUUUCGAACAUUUGAACCUUCUCAUUGGAGUGAACAGCCCCAUAGGCAGUGUAACGUUACGCGCCAUCCAAUGCUGGAAACCAAAAGAAGGGACCAAAAUCCAUUUUCACACAUUGUAUCAGAAGUUGUGAAGAAUAUGACAGUUCCUGCGACGAUUCUGCAUGUAACUACCAUGGGGGCUUUCCGGAGUGAUGCACAUGUUGGCCCAUGGAGUGAUAAUCCAUUGAUGUCUGACUGUAGCCACUGGUGUCUUCCUGGAGUCCCUGAUGUGUGGAAUGAGAUUGUCUUCACAUUUCUGCUUUCUGACAGUUUUCUUCCAUUACAAUGAACCGGAAGCGUUCUGAGUGGAGAAACAGAGUCCUUCAAAGACCCACUGACGUCUGACGCAAAGCGGUUUGUAACUGAAAUUCUUUCUCGUGUCAUUCUUUUU